GUUUCAAGUGGAAGAGAUGAUGGUAGAGACUGAGAAACAGAACAGCGAACGACCACAAAUUUAGAGGGAGUGAGGUUGAUGUCAGCAUUCUGCUAAACACAGCGCAUGUACACAUUAGAUGGGGAAGAUGUUGUGAAAGAGGGAGAGGAAGAGAGAAAGUCGUUGAGUUUUAGCAGAGGAUUGCGAGAGAGGAGGGGUGUGAUGCAAAAAAAGACACGAUCACAAAAUACAACAAACACAGACCUGAAGAUCUGGAAAGAGAGUAGCAACCGAAACAUCAAACCCUGCAGAUUUCCAAUGGAAGGGUGGUGCCAUUUUAAGCAGCCCGGCUGUGUGUGCUAAGCCCAGCAUCGCCUGUCCACCGAGCUGGGGGCGAUGAGGGGGUGGGAGGACCAGGAAGAUGCUUCUGACAGCAGGUGCACUAGGCCUCCUGGUGAGCUGGCGAACGGAAGCGACGUCGCCCCAGGCGGGCCCCUCACUUUGCUGGACAGGCUGCGACUCUGCCAGUCGGCCUGGGCCCCUGGGAGCCCCUGGGGCCGAGACGGGGCCUUCGCUGCUCUUUGGGGGCGACUGCCUGGGAGUUUCCUGGUGCUGAGCGACUCGUCCUCCCAGCCGCAGCUACUGUGUUUGUCUGUAGGCGGCAGCGAUCAGCCAGUGAGGGAUUUCCCCAUCCAGCGCACCGGUGCAGUGUUCCACCUUCCAGAGUCUCACCUGGGUUUCUCAGACCUGGUUCAACUGGUUGCCUUCUACAGUCUGUGCAGGGAUGUUUUGCCACUCUGCCUGUUCCUUCCACCCUGUAUGUACAGCCUCACUGAGCAGCCAGGCCAGGACAUGUCUCUUCUGGGACCCAAGUUCUGGCUGUGCCCCUCCCCUGAUCAAAAGCUUGAUGACAUGUCCAUGAGGUCUACUGGAAUCACCAUGUGCUCCAUCCAGGUGACCUCAGCCAGUGGCGCGCUCUGCAUCAUCAAUCCGCUCUACCUCCACGAGCACGGAGAUGACUGGCUGAGGCCGGCACCGCGCUCCCAAUCCAGCCCCUCGGGUGCCAGCCAAACAGCCAAUCACAAGCGAGAAAGGCGACUGAGCACAACCAGACCAUGGGGAGGGGCGGGGCUACGUAGACUGAGAGGCCUCUCAUUGGACCAGGAACUCCAUGACACGCCUCCAGAUGGUUCAAUGUCUCCCAGUGUCCCGCCCCCUGCCUCCCCCUCUGCCCCAGGGGGUGUGGUGCUCCGGAGGGCCAGUCAGCCUGCUGUCUGUGACUCAUUCAAGAGGCGGAGCGAAGGGGCCCUCCCUGUGGACCCCAGACGCUUCAGUGACACCCCUCAGUCCCCGCACCGCGUUUCGUGGAUUGAGGAAGGGGUGUGGCUUUCACCCCCUCCUCCCCCUUCAAUGCUCCACCCCCCUUGCCUGGAGCUGGACUCCCUGUCCAUCAGCAGCCUGGAGGAGGAGCCGGACACCGCCCACAGCCCCGCCCUCAGCCCCGCCCUCAGCCCCGCCCAGCACCACACGCACCGCCUCCCGCUGGUCCUGGCCGACAAGAUGAAGAACCGCCUCUCGGCCGUGGGGCAAGCCUUCGGCGGGCUGGUGUCGCCACAGAAACGGCUGAACAAGCGGGUGCAGGAGCUGAGCGAGCGGAAGGGCGGGGCCUUCGCCGAGGCGGUGCGGGCCUUCGUGGGGCACACGCUGGGGGGCGACGCCCACAGCCACCCCUCCGCCACCGAGAUGCUGCAGGAGGUGCGCAGCACCCUCACCAGGCUGAAGGAGGCGCUGUUCGACUGCCUGGAGAUACAGGUUCUCAUAGACGGCCUGGGAGACGUGUCGGACUGGGAGCUGGAUGCUAUGGUAGAGGGCUCCUUGCACAAGGCGACCCUCAAGCCGGUGUCCACGCACCUGUACACCUGCCUCCGGGAGUACCGCAGCCGCGACGGCAGCCUGCGGCAGCUCCGGGACAACCAGCAGGCCCUGGAGGCGCAGGACCCGAAGGGCCUGGGCGGGACGGCGGGGGCGGGCGUGCCGGACCCCGUCACCCUGGAGAGGAUCCAGCAGCGCUGGGCCUCCAUGCAUGAGGCCUACUCCCCGAGCAAGAAGGUGCAGAUCUUGCUGAAGGUCUGCAAGAGCAUCUACCACAGCAUGAGCGCCAACGCCAGCUCAGGGGCAGUGUUUGGGGCAGAUGACUUCCUCCCGUGCCUGACCUGGGUGUUACUGCGCAGUGAUCUCACCUCUCUGCAGCUGGACACAGAUUAUAUGAUGGAGCUGCUGGACCCAACGCAACUGCAGGGGGAAGGCGGGUACUACCUGACGUCUCUGUACGCCUCCCUGUUCUACAUCAGCAGCUUCCAACCUCGCCUGGCCACCCGCCAGCUCAGCGUCGAGGCCCAGCAGUCCCUCAGCCGAUGGCAUCGCAGACGGACCCUGCACUGCAACCAAUCGCGACGGGGCAAGACCAGGAGGACUAUUCGGAGGCAUGUGCACAGUGAAGGGGCGGGCCCUCGGAGGGAGGUGGGGCCAGCUGAUGAGGACAUGCCCGGGGAUGCGAGGGGAGGGGCUGGGACAGAGGCGCCCUCUGGGGGCGGGGCAGGGGCGUCGCUCCCCACUGCUCCGGAGGGGCUGGAGGUCCUGGGGGAGGAAGAGGGCUGCCGAGAGGCCCCCAGGACAGGAAGCAGGGCAGGAACAGCGGAGCCAGUGGUCUGUCCCCCCGAGGGUGGGCAGGGGGAGCAGGGGUCGGCUCGGGAGGGCAGGGGCAUUCCAGAAACGGCCGAAAAACAUGAGAAAGAGAGGAGCGAAGGGAGAGAAGGAGAGAAGGAGGAAGGGAGAUUCCGGGAGGAGGGGUUCGCUGACUGUCUGUGGGACGGGGGGACAGGGGUCCGGGGUCAAGCACAGGUCCCACAAAACCCACGGACUACAUCAGAGAAUCUGCUCGGUUGGGAGUGAUUGCAGCUGGGUGAGAGGAGUCGUGGGCUGGCCUUCCAGCUGCUGGGACACCAUAGAGAGCAGCAGGGGUUAGAGCUGCCUACACAGCCCCCUGUGAGGAGCCACAGCUGAGUGGCUGUCUGGGCUUGGGGGCCUAACCAAUCAGAGGAGGGCCCUGCUGGGAGACGUGCAAGGGGGUGGAGCUCGUGACCACAGAGAUGGAGCUGGAAGUCGUGAUGUCACAGAGAGCAUUCCUGUGGGGUUCUCAGUCCCAAGACAGUGGCUCAGACCAGCACUGCUGUAGGCCAUUUCAGAAACCUUCCCUCAGAAAAGCUAGAGAAGAUAGACAGACAGGGGUAAAUAAUCAUAGAAAUUGGGUAAAUAUUUACAUUCUUAAAACAUGAUGGAUGACAGUCGAUCCUUUUAUGUGUAUGUACUGUAUGCAUGUAUGAUUGAAAUGAACGCACAUGUAGAACUGCAUACAUUAUGUUCCAAGUAAUUUCAUAGAUUAUAUGUACCUCUUCUGCAUACACCCAUUGCUUAUUGGAAUAUGUACAUCAUAUAUAUCAGUUGAAUUUUGGAUUAAUAGCAAUUAUUUCAGAUAUUUGCAUAAAUUAGCUUAAUGUCUGUAUUUCUCAUGGUAAGAAAAUGCUAAUUAAUUUCACUGAGUGUGUUUCAAUGAAUGUAAAACCGUUUAAAAGCAAACACCAUUCGAUGUGGCAGUAUAGACUGAGUAAAAAAUUUUGUAUUCAUAUUACAAUACUAGUUACACUUUUUUUACCUUUAUGAUGAAAAAUAAUAACCUUUUCUAACAGGCUUCAGUUGCUGGGGGAAGGUUAUGGAGAUAAUAUGCUGUAAUCUAUAAACUUUUUAUAGGAUGAAUUUAAAGUAUAUCUGGUUGCCUUGUGACCGUGAAUAUCUUAGCUGAAAGGAUGUUAGACUUUUAGUCUGAACUAUUAGUCUGACAAACUGGAUGUGCUGUCUCUGGAUAACUAUUGCUGCUGGUUGUGAGAGUAUUAACAUUAAUAUCAUUCAGAUUUUUUUUUCACAAGCAAAGCUUUAUUCAUUCUUAAGAGCACUUAAGUACAUUAUGUGCUCAAAGUCCUGCACUUAGAUUCAUAUAUUCCAAUUAUAAUGGCUUAUAUAUAAUGUAUAUCGUAAUAUAUUUUUGAUUAGACCUGUGUGAUUGUAUUAUAGACAUUUCUCAAUUGUGGAAAUGUAUUUUGAACUUUAUUGUCGGUCUAAUUUACAGCCUCCAAACCUUACCAGAUGCUCGCAAUUAUAAUAUUUAUGUGUUUUUCCAA